AUGUCUUAUGACCGUGUGAUUCAAGACUCGGAUGAUGAGGAUGAUCCUCUUGUGGGCCCCCAUUCCCCAGUGCAGGAAUACGAUACCGCGCAUGCCGACGACUACCUCCAGGCCGAUGUAAAAAGGCACCAGGAGAUUGAGGGCAACUAUGAUGCGAGCAUGAAUAUUGACUUCGACCAAUACCUACAAUCUCAGGAAAGAUCACCACCUGGGCAUUCGUCUCCACAGCACCAACAACCAGAGAGAUGGAUUCCGACGAAUUCGGGAGGUGGAUCUAUGGGCUCGAUGAUGACCGAGAUUGGCCUCGCGCAGCAACGACUCUUUGACGACGAUGAGGUUCAGAUGGUUGACCCGUCAAGGCAGCAUCCCCGUGAACACGCCCAUGUGGAAUCGACCCACGCAGAAACCAUGAUACCCCGACAUUCAGAAGAACAGGUCAGCGUUGACCCCACCGGUUAUCCAUACACCAGCGAUCCGUCGUCGUAUAGCGCCAUAGAUAGCAAUAUCAGUCCGGCGCAAGCGGGGCUUUCGCUAUCGUCCAACACACAUCCCAACACCUCCAGCCUCAAUGCUACCCCGCCACCCCAGCAAUACGAGGCACCUCUAUCCGAUCUGCAGAACGAAUACCCCAUGCACACGCACGUCGAAGUGCCGAUACGACCGCACCAUCACGACUUCUCCUCUAUCCCAAGCUUCGAUCCCUCCUCCGCCGCCGCACAAACAUCCUCAUCCUUCAACGUCUUCGAGGCGUCACUCCCACCUCUCCAGAAUGUGUACCCUGAGGAUACCGACCACCAUCAUCAUAACAACUUCAGCUACUCGGCGGCAACCGUCCCCACCGAAGUUGCGCCGACUUCCUCUCCUCGUCGUGUGGCCUCCCUCCAAGCGACUCCCUUCUCUCCGCACGACACUCAACCCUUCUCCCCCGUCCCAUCAGCCGCCAAAGCAAGCCGUUCCAAAACCGAGAACCAACACAAAAGCACACCAACGAGCAACCCAACCCAAACCCGCACUGCCGUGUCAACGCCACUCUUCCCUACUCAGUUGAGCACGGACGAGCUGGUUGCCAUUCAAGUGCCUGCGAUGGAAAUCCCCGUGGUGGAAAAGAAACGCGGCCGAAAGAAGAAACAGCAGCAGCAGCAGGAGCAGCAGGAAGCACAAUCUCUGCCAGAAUCUCAUACCUCAACCACCUCGAACGUAAUCGUCAUCGACGAUGACGCUGGAGAUAACGAAGCCGCCCAAUACACUACCACCACCACCACCACCACAGACAUCCCUACCCCCUCACUCCCCCCUCCAGCCACAAUCGAUACCACCAACAAACCCGAAAAACGCAAACCCGGCCGACCGCCCAAGAACCCCAAGCCCGCGCCCACCGACCCCCCAGACCCAUUGAAUCAAGAUCCCCCACCGCAUCCCACAACAGCAACGACAACCGAUCUCUCACCCAACCCCCACAAUCUGAUCAACAACUCCGAACCCCCAAGCGUGCAAACAACCAGCCCCACCGCCCCCAAAGAACCGAGAAAGAAAAAGCUCAAACGCGGCAAAACCACCUCCAUCACGCUGACCAAGACCUACGAAUCCGACAUCGAGCCCGACGUCCUCUGGAUCGAGGAGGACGCCAUGGAGGGAAACCCGACAAAACCGCGUCGCGGCCCCAGCCCCGCGGUCGAGCUUCCCCCACCACUAGAAAAUCAAUCCACCGAGACUAAUUCUGGCAUCAAGGCGAACGCGCAUCUCGAGUCCGAAGCAGCAGCAGCACCCAAGAAACGCGGCCGCAAGAGAAAGAAUCCCGACCCCGACCCUCCGGCUUCCGAGCAAGAGCCGAUCCGUCUCCCUGAACACAGCGAUACAGUGGAACCCCAGAAAGAGCCGGGGAAUGAGUGCCUCGGCAUACCCAAUAUUUCUCAACAGCGCAUCCAAGAAGGAGAGGAAGCCGGAGAGGAGGAAGUGCCACCCCCACGGCAAGCAGAUCUGACUCCCGAUCCGCAGCCAGCCCCGGAGCCCGUCGUGACGGUUCCUGUCACACCGUUGAAACCGAACAAGGGCCCUGACAAGCACAGUCCCAUUUCGUCGACGAGUAAGGUGCCCUUACGGGUGGGGCUCAGUCGGCGGGCGCGGAUCGCCCCGUUGUUGAAGGUGGUCAAGCGGUGAUAUUCCAUUCCCAGUUCUCCGGGCUAGAGAAUAUAACGGUAGUUGGGGAUAGGAUUAGCGAUUACGGUCUUCUAUUUACGUCUAUUCUUUCAAGAUACGUAUAUUGUUUGGGGGAGGAGCGACUCCAGACUGUAUAAUCGCAUCUACGCAUGAGCUAUGUCUUUACGGAAUACCCACAAGGGCGCACUUUGUUUUUUC